ACAUGUGAGCACUCAAAGUUCGCCGCAUUCGCCGCCAUUGGACAAGAUAGGUGAAGUGUGUCUGCAUUUUUAGUUUUUACAUAUAUAUUCAUUAAUAUUGCCUUGCAAUUUGACUGUACAACUUAAAGCAGGCUAGCAACCAGCGAAUUAUUGUGUACUUUCACCCCAGGCAGCUUUCACCUUUUCUCAACAUAGGAUGUCUUAGUACCUACCUACCAACUACCUACCUACCUGCUGUGCCUAAAGGUGGAUGUUAAAUAUGAGCAACAGCCGCUGCAAUUGAGGACAAGACUGCUCACCUUGCCUGGAGACCAUGUCCGAGGGCGCCGCCGCCGCCGCCGCCGCCGCUGCUGCUGCGCUGGAUGACGCCGACAGUAUCGGCGAGUACUCUGGCUCGCUGGACUCGGACUCGUCGGAGGAGCCCGCCGACGAGCCGCACCUCAAGUACGAGCGGAUGGGCUCGGACCUGGCGCUGCUGCUGGCUGCCGAGCCGGCCACCUGUCUCUGUGUCCACCCCAAACUGGUGCUGGUCGGUACUGGGCUCGGCCGCGUGCACGUGUUCGAUCACCUCGGUAACCGGGUGCGGCCGGCGCGGCAGCCGCACACGCUCUGCGUCAACGAGAUUAGCGCGGACGAGGCCGGAGAGCACGUGGCCAGCUGCUCCGACGACGGCACCGUGUGUGUGCACGGCCUGUACUCGCGAGAUAACAGCCACAGUCUGACGUUCGACGCGCCUGUGAAGACGGUGGUGCUGGAUCCGCAGUACUCGCGCCCCGGCACCGGCCGCCGGUUCGCAGUCGGAGACAGCCGCGUCGUCCUGCACGAGAAGACGUUUCUGACGCGGCUGCGCGCCACCACCAUCCACGAGGGUGACGGGACGGUGCAGGCGCUCAGCUGGCGCGGCCCGCUGCUGGCCUGGGCCUCCAACGGCGGGGUGCGCGUCUACCACACCGAGCUGAAGCGCGUCAUCAGCCUGAUCCGCUGCGACGUCGGAGAGCGACCGGCCAACCAUCGCUGCCACCUGUUCUGGCGAGACCCGCGCCGGCUGCUCGUUGGAUGGCGCCGUUGCGUCCAAAUGGCCGUGGUCCGUGAGCCACGCGACGCUGAGGCACGCGCCUCCGGUGUCGGCACUCACAUGGAGAUCACGCACAUAUUCCGGACCGAGUUUCUAGUCUGUGGCCUGGCGGGGUGCGGGGAUGAGCUGGUUCUCCUUACUCAGAGCGAGACCGGCGGCAGCGGGCCGCGGCCGCGACCUCAGGUGAGAGUGAUCCGCCCGCUGCCAGAGGACUACGAGGAGCUCUCCACCGACGAGCUGACAGUGCGCGGAUUCCAGAACUUCUCCUCCAACCAGUACCGGCUGGACUGUCUGGCCGACGAGGGUACCUUCUUCGUGCUGGCGCCCAGCGAUGUGAUCGUAGCUCGUCCUCGUGACACAGACGACCACAUCGAGUGGCUGCUGGAGCACCACCGGUUCGAGGAGGCGUUACGCGAGCUACAGGCGGCCGGGCCGGCCGUGCGCCGCCACUGCCUGCAGGACGUCGGCCGCAAGUACCUGGACAGUUUGCUGCAGGAGGAGCAGUACGAGACGGCCGCCUCGCUGUGUCACACCAUCUUCGGCCGCAACCGGACGCUCUGGGAGGAGGAGGUGUACAGGUUCGCGGCGCUGCGCCAGCUGAAGGCCAUCAGCGGUUACUUGCCGCGCGGCGACUUCCACCUGGACUCGACUGUGUAUGAGAUGGUGCUCUACAACUUCAUGCGCACCGACCAGGCAGAGUUCCUGCGCCUGGUGCGCGAGUGGUCGCCGAGUCUGUACCACUGUGACGCCGUGGUGAACGCCGCGCUGGAGCAGCUGCUGCACGACGCCGAUAACCCGUGUCUGCUGCAGGCGCUGGGGCUGCUCUACACACACCAGUGUCGGCACGACAAGGCGCUCGCCAUCUACCUCAAGCUGGGCCACCCGGGCGUGUUCGACCUGGUGACCAAGCAUGAGCUACACGCGGCAGUGGCCGACAGAGCGGCAGCGCUGGCGCGCGUGGACGAGGCGCGCACCGUCGAGCUACUGACGGAGCGGCCCGAGGAGUCGCCGCCGGAGCGCGUGGUCGCCGAGCUGACCGCGCUGCCGGCCGUGCUGUACCGGUACCUGUGGCGGCUGUACCAGCGGCACCGCCACCUCAGCGGCAAGUACCACGACCGGCUGGUGGAGCUCUCGGCCGAGUACGAGCGCGGGCGGCUGAUGGAGCUGCUGCGCGCCAGCGGCGAGUACUCGCUGCAGCGAGCACUGCACGUCUGCCAGACGCGCAUGCUGAUCCCUGAGACGGUGUACCUGCUGGGCCGAACAGGCGCCACCCGGGAGGCGCUCCAGCUCAUCAUGAACCAGCUGGCCGACAUCAAACAGGCCAUUGCCUUCUGCAAGGAGCACGAUGACUCGGAUCUCUGGGAUGACCUCAUCAACUACUGCCUCGACCAGCCCGUCAUGGUGAAAGAGCUGCUGCUCAACAUUGGCACGCACGUGGACCCGCGGCGUCUGAUCAGACGAAUUGAGGACGGUCUGGCGAUCCCGGGCCUGCGGGACGCGCUAGUGCAGAUCCUGCACGAUUACAAGGUGCAGGUGGACCUGCAGGACGGCUGUCGGCGCAUCCUGGUCAGUGACCGGUUCCAGUUGCACGCGCGCCUGCAGCGCUGCGGCGCGCGCGCCGUGCCCGUGGGCGCGGCGGCCGCGUGCUGCGUGUGCGGCGGAGGCCUGCUGCACCGAGAUCCGGCCAAGGCCGCCGAUCUGGUGACCUUUUACUGCCGACAUGCCUUCCACAGGGUCUGCCUGCCGGCCGCUCGGCCUGGCGCCUGCAUCGUGUGUCGAAACGAGCCGCGCGGCCGGCUCAGGUGAGCUGACAGAGGCAUCAGAUGGACGGAAAGUGCUGUUUGUAGGGGAGCAACUUCCCAACAAGGCUGUAAUCAUGUGUGUUGGGUGCUUGACAUAUUAUGCAUGUUAACGAAAUAAGGAACACCUGCGAAGUGCGAUCAUGGCGGUACUUGGAGAAGCCAGUUAUUUAAACCUCGUUUAUCUGUCAAGUGCGAGAAAUGAGUGGAUGUUUGUAUCUUUUGUGGCCCGCACCGAUUAUGUUGUGUGCCUACGACUGUAUGCUUAUUGCUUGUGAUCCUGUAACAUAUUGUGUAGUUGUAUCGCCAUGAGUAUUUUUGUUUUAUCUGCAAACAUAUCCUGCAAUAUACUUGAAGUUGCA